ACCUGCCCAGAGCAAGAUGGCGGCCUCCAUACUGCGACGCUCCCUUCUAGCUCCGCGCUGCAGAGCCGGGGAUGUCGCCGCCCUGCACAGUGGACCGAGCCGGAGAAGGGCGCAGGCCCCAGGGCCCAUCGCUUCUGGCCGGAGAAUGGGGAAAAGUCCUGCGGGAGAGCGCAGUGUUGCUCCAUGGGUAGCAGUGGUGGGUCUGGAAAUUCAUGCACAGAUCAGUUCCAACUCAAAGCUUUUCUCUGGCUCCCAAGUCCAAUUUGCAGCACCACCUAAUUCUUUGGUAUCUUUCUUUGAUGCUUCUCUACCAGGGACCUUACCAGCCCUCAACAGGAGAUGUGUAGAAGCAGCAGUGAUGACAGGCCUUGCACUGAACUGCAGCAUAAACAAGAAGUCCUUGUUUGACAGAAAACACUAUUUCUAUGCAGAUCUGCCUGCUGGCUAUCAAAUCACUCAGCAGAGACUUCCUGUUGCUGUGAAUGGUAGUCUUUCAUACAGCCUCUGUGUAGGGGGAAAAAAGAACCAGGUGGUAACCAGGACUGUGAGGAUUAAGCAGAUCCAGUUGGAACAAGACAGCGGAAAGAGUCUUCAUGAUGACACAAGGAGCCAGACUCUCAUUGACUUGAACAGGGCUGGUGUUGGCCUCAUGGAGGUUGUCAUGGAGCCUGAUAUGAGCUCUGGGGAAGAGGCAGCUGCAGCAGUCAGAGAGCUUCAGCUUAUUCUUCAAACACUUGGGAGCAGCCAGGCAAUCAUGGCAGAGGGUCAACUGAGAGUGGAUGCCAAUGUAUCUGUGCACCACCCUGGAGAAGCUUUAGGAGUAAGGACUGAAGUGAAGAAUAUCAAUAGUGCACGAUUCCUGGCAAGAGCAAUAGACUAUGAAAUACAGAGGCAAAUCAAGGAACUUGAAAAUGGAGGAACUGUUAUUAAUGAAACCAGAGCCUUUGAUUACAAACUUGGGUGUACCAUACCAAUGAGAGAUAAAGAAGGAAAACAGGAUUACCGAUUCAUGCCAGAGCCAAACCUCCCUCCAUUGAUUCUGUGUGAUAAUAAAUCGUUGCCCGCUAAUACGAACCAUCAGCACGUAGUGAAUAUUGAUUGGAUUCGGGAGAGGCUUCCUGAUCUACCCAGUGUGAGGAGAGUGAAGCUUGUUGAACAGUAUGGGAUUCUGCCUGAACACAGUUUCACCUUAUUGAAUGAAGAUGGAUUAAUGGAGUUCUUUGAAAAUGUAGUGAGACAGACGCAGAUGAAUCCAAAGAAAGUGAUUGGCUGGAUUCUAAAUGUUAUGCUCGGUUAUUUAAAACAGCACAACCUUACAGUCCAGGAAAGUCCAGUCAGUUCUCUCUUCCUGGCUGACCUUCUAAACCUUCUAGAGAGAGGAACAAUUUCUUCUUCAGCAGCCAAACAAGUGCUUGAGGAAUUGUGGAAGGCGGAGGGGAAGACCCCACUUCAAAUUGUUGAAGAAAAGAAACUUGAACUGAUCCAGGAUCAGCAAGAGCUUGAACAGAUCUGUCAGGCAGUGGUGGAAGGACAUCAGGAAGAGGUUAUGGAGAUAAAGAAGGGAAACCCAAAAGUUCUGAAUAAACUGAUUGGACUGGUUCAAAGAACAACAAGAGGGCGAGCAGAUCCUGUGCUGGUGAAACAAAUAUUAGAGAAGAGGCUGUCACAGUAACUUUCAGAGCAACUUGCACAGGUCCCUACAGAGGGAACGACUGGACAUUCCCUGGACUUUGUACAGUUCAAUUCCAGCCUGAGCUAGAAAAAGAUACUGUGUUGUCUCAGCAUGGAACAGAAUUAUUAUUCCCUUUUGGUGGUUAUUCAGGUAGUAUCUUGUUAUACAGUCUUCCUUGAAUGCUUCACCCUCUAUCAGGACAAAAGAAAAGAUAUUCAGUGCAAAUGAAUAGGAGAAGCUAGUAUUGAGUGCUGUUCACUUUUCCUGUUGCUGGUUUUGCACACAUGAGAAAGGUAAAUGAUUCAAUACAUUGCUGUUUGUUUGAAUACUCUAGAACUUGUAUCAGAUGUAUGUUGUGAUUCAAUCUUGCCACGUAGCAAUGUUUUUCUGAAGGAAUAGAAAUUUAUGCAUUUUAGAGUGUGGAAUGUAAUGAUUUGAACAGGACACACCACCUACUCGCUCUGCCGAACACCCAGUGGCAGCUUAGCCACUGCUGGCCACUCCCCCAACCUGUCAGGAAGGGGAAGUAGUUCCUCAGUGCUAUAUCACUCCUUCCUUGCCUCUGCCAGAGGGAGGGAAAGGAGAAGAGGCUGCCCAGCUGCCUUUCCUUCCUUCAAGUGAUGAUCUAUCCUAAACCUGCUCCCCAGUGGCUAA